CAAUGUCCCAUAUAGAAAAGAAUUCAAAAUUACCUUCGUUGGCUCGUUGCACCAUAGGCCAUUUUUUCUUGCCUUUCCUCUUAUUAUUAUGGCUCAUUUCAACAUUAGUAUACUCGUCGUUGUUCUUUUGCUAAUGUCUUAUGUACCUUCUUUUGAAGCCAGAAAGGCCUUGAGCAAUGAAAUAAAGAUUGCUUCUGAUUAUAAGGUUCUUACUCCACCUUUCUCUCCCAACCAAAAUGGUGUUGCCAUCGAUGAAAGGGAUGCUAACAUGGAAAGUUCAACCUCUGACAGACUUUUGUUGUCUACUCCAAGUCCUGGAGUUGGGAAUAAGUAGACUUAUUUAAGGACUCAAUGUGUCCCCCGCAGAAACAGGAACGAUCUUAGCACUAUAUCUAUUUAUGUUUGGUGUGUUUGAUUUUUAUUUGGGGGGAUUUAGCUUUGAUACUUGGUGUGGGAGAUGUAAUAAAAUUAGCUAAGUAACAAAAGUCUUCAUGUAUC